AACAAACCCUAAUAAUAUUUCUUUUAUAUAUUUCAAAGGGUAUUGUUAUUCUCUUGGUUACAUACAUAUACACGUUCUCACAUAAUUAAUUGUUUCACCUCUCUCUCUAUAUAUAUAUGCAGUGGAUGGUCUGUAAUUCUCGCCUUUGAAUCAUGGAGAUGUCAAAUUUCUAUAUAUUGUCGUUGAAGCCUCCGCCUAGUCGAUCUAUGUUCUCUUGCAAUGAGCUUAAUGGGUUGCGAUGUCCAAUCAUUAAUCAUUUUGGGGUGUUUCAUAACCUCUCUUCAGCCUCAUUGAAGUCGUACAAUUUAGUAUUGGCGUGUAGUUGUCGAAGAGCAAAUGAGGUCCAGGUUUUGUUUGGUCAUCAUCCUUGCAAUUUGGGGACUGGAAAGCAUGCAACCCUUGGACGAGCUUCCCGUUUAUAUUCAUUGAAACCAUGUCAAGUUAAAAGUGAGGACUCGGAGGGAACUUUGAGUGGUGAAAGCAUCCUAUUAAACGAGCAGACCUUAGAGCGGGAACUACAAAUUGCCAUUGAGGAGGAAAACUACACUCAAGCAGCAAAAAUCAGGGACAAUCUCCGAGUUCUCCAGGAGGAUAGCAAGACUUCAGUACUAGCAGCCAACGCUCGAUUCUACAACUCAUUUAGGAAUGGGGAUCUGGCUGCCAUGCAAGCCCUCUGGGCAAAGGGGGAAAAUGUGUGUGUUGUGCAUCCUGGUGUGAGUGGCAUAUCUGGUUACGAUCUUGUGAUGGGGAGCUGGGAAUUUGUAUGGGCUGACUAUGAGUUCCCAUUACAGAUUGAGAUUAAGGAUGUACAAGUCCAUGUCAAAGGUGAUUUAGGGUAUGUUACUUGCACCGAAUUGGUUAAGACAAAAGGUAGCAGCUGGGGAAGACAGUUCGCGACUAAUGUUUUUGAGAGAAUCGAUGGCCAAUGGUUCAUCUGUAUUCACCAUGCAUCACAUGUUGAGUUGUGAUGAUUGAGGAAGAAUAUCAGCAUCACUAUCAGUUUAUACAUGGAAAGAAGGACAAAUGUUGCUUAUAGUAUAAAAACAGCUUCUGUUGUACGUAUAUUUUAGAUGCUUGCUUGACCGUAGGCUGCAAUAAAAUCUGUGAGACCUUAUUAUCAUUUUAAUUCUAUUCCAGAUUUUUUUAUCUAAAGAA